GUAGCAACACCAACAGCUAGCUAACUUCACGUAAUUGACCGGCAAGAAAAUCAAAGGAACUAAGGAAGCACAACGAAUCCACGGUAUACUUAUUGACGGGUUUGUGUGAUAUCGUCGUUUUACGAACGAAAAUCACUUUAAAAAGUAGUUAUAGCUCAAGAAUGACUGAUUCCAAAUUACCACCCCCACCAGUAAUGUGGGCCCAAAGGUCUGCCAUGGUAUUCCUUACCAUUAAUCUAGAAGACGUAAAAAACCCUGAUAUAAAAUUCACAAAAGACUCUGUAUACUUCCGAGGCAUAGGAGGUGUCGAUCAAAAGGAAUAUGAAGUCACAAUCCCAUUGUAUAAAGAAAUUGACCCUGACACAAGUAAAAGUUUUAACAGAGGAAGGUGUAUUGAAAUUAUUCUGGCCAAAAAAACACCAGAUGAGCCCUACUGGCCGAGCUUGACCUCAGACAAAAAGAAACACCAUUGGUUGAAGUGCGACUUCAAUAAAUGGCAUGACGAAGAUGAUUCUGGUGAUGAGGGUCUUGGUGGUAUGGGCGGAGGUGAUUUUGAAGAAAUGAUGAGACAAAUGGGGGGAUUAGGUGGUGGAGGUGGUGGUAAACCAGUUUUUGAUGAUCUUGAUGCUGAAGAGGGAGAUGAUUCAGAUGAUGAACCCAUCCCCGACUUAGAGUAAUAUAGGUUACCCUUAAUAUUAACUGAUAAUAAGUUAUGAAGUUUUUUUCUUACGAUUUUGUAUUCCUUCGAAUUGUUGUUUAAUAAACAGGUUAAAAAACUGGA